CUGGCACUCGAGACCCCGGCAGCGCAACUGGGGCCCGCCGCCGUCUUCUCCCAGGCCAAUUGGGCCCGAUGCAGUCCCGUAGAUAGGCCCAAGACCCCGAAAGGUGCCGCGACUCAGUCCGCCAUUUUCUGCCUUUUACUGAGUCGUAGCCUGUCUUAGAGUCGAGCCACCAAAUCUGCCACGCCAGCAGUCCAUUUCGCCCAUCAUGGGUCGCAGUCGUGGCCCGAAGUUCUCCUUCCCCCUCCCCGGGCGCAACAAGAACCCCAAAGUCGACAAGAACAAGGCGGACGCGAGCCCCAUCCCUUCGAUAACAUCGACACCCGCCGUCCCCGAAUGGGCGCCGCGCUACGACGAGCCCUCGAGUUACUCCAAAGCCCAGCGAGUCCUGGGAACAGCUGGACCGCCAUUCCGCCCCUCGUCGAGGCAAGCUUCCGUCCCACCCAGCCCCGGGUAUAUGACCAUCACCGUCUCCGAGCCUGGAUCAGAAUUCGGCGACAAACCAUCUCCGACAGCGACAGAGGAGAGUGGCAUGAUACCUCCACGGCGGCCGAACAUGUCGAACCGCGCGUCGUCGAACGUCUUGCCGACUUCCUUUACGUAUAAUGGGGAGGAAAGGCGUGGAUCGAACUGUAGCUCAGUCAGCCGGCAUUUGCAUCCCAGUACCUCCAAUUCCACCAUGCGCUCCCAUUACGACCCCCAGACGUCUCCCCUAUAUAUCUCGCAGCAGACGUCCGACUCCGCGGUCCGCGACAGGGCGCUCAGGAGGGGGAUGCCACCGAUAGGAACAUACGACCACGAUCACGUCCCCAGCCCGCUGGCCCAGGAAAUAUCAGAUGAGGCCAAGAGGCAACACCGGAAAAGCAAACCUCCACGGCUGGAUCUGUCCAAACUCUUCCCGAAGCCGAAGAGCCAUGGAGGACAGGGGUCCGCCGGUCCUCUCCUCUCACCGAACAAGCUGGUAAACUCUCCCACAGCUUUGUCGACUGUAUCAGACUACUUCCCUCGCCCCAUGACGCGCGAGCCCACUCCAACCCCGAGGGGUCACGCAAAAUUAACGAAGCCCGCGACGCGACAGCAUCCUUCGGCUCAACCCCCAAGAUCGACGUCUCCGGUCCGGUUGCACAAGCGCGACACGUACGACAACGCCAAGAUAAACGUUAGACGACCCCCUCGCGGAAUACAGCACUGGUUCGAAGGCCUAGACGAGGACAGCGACGAACUGCUAGAUGACCAAAAAACCCCGGUCCCUGCUCCUAUACCUGUGAACCCGAAUGGACAGCCACUAGCUCCUAUGCGGAAAAGCUCUCUUGGGCGGCUCAUACCAGACAACAGGAUGGCAAAGCAACAGGGCUCACGUGCCCCUCAAUACAUUCCGGACCCAAGGAAGGAGCAAUUCAUUCACGCUAACUCAUCGAUGGCUCACCGCUUGAACUCGCCAAGUCAAUUCUCCGUGCAAAGCCAAUCAUCAGUCGCUACCACCAGGACCAAGGAAUCGGCCUUCUCGAAGAGCAACCUGCAGGAUUCAAGUGUUCUGUCUUUCUCGUCCUCGGAGGACGAAGAUGAGCAUGUCAAGCGUCCCAAGGGCAGGGUACCGGUACGCGACAGCAUAGACAUGACGGAAGAUCAUGGAGAUAUCGUUAUCGGCCAGGCCCAAGCAUAUGAGGUACGACCACGUAAUUCAAGGCGACCAUCUGCGGGGAAGCUCAGUCUGUUAUCCACGUCGACAAAUGCAGCGACAAUCGAGGUUAUGUAUACCCCGGAACCUUACACGCCACAACAUUUCCCCAGGAAUCAUAGCAGCAGCAGGCGGUCGAGCCAUCUCAGGCAACCGUCUGUGAUACCCGAGGAUGAAGACGUUCGACCGAAGACAGCUGCUCAUCGCCCCUUGUCUCCGUCUUCCCACAGCAUUCGCACUUCAGUGAGCGAGCCACGUCCCCGCGGAGAGAUGACGCACAAGAUGAUGGCAGUGACUGCAGAAGAGGAGGCACUGCUGGAGAUGAUGCGGAAGAAGCGAGCCGCGAUGGUAAAGCAGAGCUGGACUGAAGGCUACCACACUGCGAUAGGUCAAGAGGACGUCCGACAGAAGACACCGCCCGAGAUGACCUCUAAAAUACAUCGGACGUCUGCCUUCCUCUCGGUAGAGAGCCCGUCCGCGAGCCCCGUGCGAGUCGUGGAGACAAAAAAAUCUGCCCGAAAAUCUUUCGCUCCUUCCCCGUCCCCGCUGCUUUUAGCCCCGUCCCGGGGUCGACCUAUUAAGGCAGCUUACGAGUCAGCCGUGGGAUCAAGUAUGCUCCGAGACAGCUCGUCCUGCGACCCCGGCUCCGAACGCCAGGUUUCUCCUUCUCCCUCAAGUCAAGCCACCCUUGCACACCAUCUAUCCCCACCACCUGAAUCCUCGCCUCUUGACCCCUUCCCGACAUCUACCCCCACCGCGAGCAUUGCCUCCCCAACGACUACCGACCAUCCUCCUUCGCCUGUUACUCCAGGCCUACGACACGGCGAGAACGAUGUCGACGUAAAGGUUGCCGGCAGCGAGCCCUCCUGCAAUGGGGACAAUGACGAAGUCACAGUUCUUGAGACGGGUGUCAUCGAUAUGCCCUCGGGGAGCAUCAAGCAGCACCCACCCAAUUCUGCCCACCACCAACGCCGUCGCACGGCAUCUAGCGGAGCCGAUGUGCCAACGCCCCUCGGAUCAAAACUGACAACCCGCGAAUCCUGCGACCCUCCUCCGUUCUCUGAAGCUUCGUCCCGGCCCUCAUCUCGCACACCAAGCAUCUUUGAACAUGCCAUGCCCCAGCCAAAGCUACCCAAAAAGAGCCCACAGCGGCAGAGCUCCCUCUCCGCAUCUACCACCGUUCUUCCUAAAAGCAGGCAUAACAGUAUUGUAUCUUCCCGCACAUCUUCACCCGUCGCUAGUACGCGGGAGCGCAGGUCAAGCCGGGCCGCGAGCCGCGUCAGCAGCAUGGCGAGCAUGAAGAAGGAGACUGUGGCUGUGGGCACAGCGAGCACGAGAUGCAGUGUCAGCGAAGACGUGCUUGCUGCUUGGGGCAGCCUUGGUGGGAUGAGGGACUACGACACACUGAGGUACUGAACGGCCCACCUCCACUUCCUAUCUCCCGUCAUCUUUUGGUCUUCUGGAUAUCAUGCCGGUCGCGUCGGGCGU